UUCUCAUGGGCGGGGCUUCUCUGCAUCCCUGAUUGGUAAUUGGCUCCUGUUGAGUGAGUGACAGAUCCAUAAGGUGGUUGUUUACCACAACGCUUCUCAUGCUGGGGUCGGGCAGUUUAUCAAACAGAGAACAGAAGCCUGUGAUCAGCACCAUUGUCAGAGAAGCGCCAAGCAUCAUGGGUAACCAAAAGCUACUGAUCCUUUGGGUGUGGAUGUUACUGGUCGCAACGUUGUGUCCUUGGGCCAACUGCAAACGUGGAGGAGGUUUUGGCAGCAGGGGUAAAGGAGGGGGUCUAGGGGCCAAAGCGCCCCCCUCCCAGAGCAAAGGAUCAUCGCGGCAGGGACUAAAACUGGCAGGUGCUGCAGCCGCAGGGGCCAUCGGAGGAGCGGCCAUCGGGUACGGCCUGGGUUCUUUGGGCAGGCCGAGGUACGGCUACUCUGAAGAGGACAGGCGCUAUUACUACCCUGAUGGACGUGAAUACUACAAUGGCUCAGACUGGAGGUAUAACAAAAACGCGGCUGGCGCGGAGCGCAUGGCCAGUAUCCUCAUAUCACUUGCAACAGUGACACACAUCUUCAUGUGGAACUGAAUUACAGGUUGCUGCGAUUAAGAAACUACGUAGUUUCGAAAAGUUUGCAUUUUCAGCAAAUGCUGGAAAUUAUUAAGAGGAAAACACUGAGAUCUUACUCGUAUAUGCAUUUGAUGAUGAAUAAUACUUAUUUAGGACUGAGCAGAUAGAAAAUGUUAUUAUGGCAGAUAUGUUUCAGUUCAAGGUACACAAAAUGUAUAUUUUCAUAUCAUUGUUUUGAAAGUGCAUUCAUUUGAAGUUGGGCAGUGGUAAAAUUAUUGAAUUUAUUUUUAUUUAUGUUUAGUUAGUGAUGAUUGUCAGUUUCAAUCAUUUAAGGUGAACAUGGAUUUAAUUUUUAAGGCAUUUAUUAUGUUUGCUAAUACAUCUGAAAACGUUUUGAUUUAAGGGCUGAUAUUUAAGUGCAUUCUCUAAUACUAUUUUAUGCCAAAUUUGUGAAUAUUGUAGUGUUGUAAAAAUAAACUGAAGAUUUAAAUCUACUGUAUUCUAGUGAUGUCAGCUGUCGGUUUCAGAGUUCAAUCAUGUAAGGGUUUAAAUAAACAGUUUUUCAUGUA